AUGAAGGACAUCUUCCGGAAUGCGCACCAGACGUUCUUGUGGCUGGGCCCCGCAAGCGACGACAGCAAACUCGCCAUGGACACUCUGCGCCAAAUGAGCCGCGCAUCUAGCUUCGUCGGCUCCCAUUUCAACUCGUGGUCCAAAUUCCCGUUCACAAGUGUAGCGUCUGACCCUUUGCUGACUGCCAUACGAGACAUCCUCGACGACAAUCUCGCCACGCUUUGUCUGGAUGACUUUGCCAGAUUGAGAGCCGUAGGCUCCCUGUUCAACAGACCGUGGUUCCGUCGGGUCUGGGUCAUCCAGGAGCGGGUGCUGUCGCUGAACUGUGUCGUCUGCUGCGGUCGAGAGUGGAUUACGUGGGAGGGGCUCCGUGAGGCGUUCUGGCUGUUAUGUGGCAUACGCUACUACCUCAAUAUCGUCGGCAGUGGCACGGGGAGGUUGGAUAGCUCGGCACUUGCGACGUUCCUCACGACGGCUCUGAACAAAGCGAUACCCGUUUCUUUCACGAGGCCUAACUCUUCCCUGCUGGUCCUCUUUUCUCUGCUCUCCGGGAUGGCCACCAGGGCGCAACUUCAAGCCUCGGACCGCCGCGACUACGUAUUCGCAAUCUUGAGCUUGAUCGACCCGGAUCGAAGCCCACUGAUCCUGGCUGAUUACACCAAAGACUGGGCCACUGUCAGGAUUGAAGUUGCUAGAGCAUGCCUGAUGUACUAUGGGCCAGGUUUCUUGUCUUUCGCGGGCCUCGGUGAAGACAUCGACGAUCCUGCAUCGCUUGAGCAGAACGUCCCGUCUUGGGUACCGAACUGGCCGUCGGCGAAUCCGCCUCAGCCUUUGAGCAUACCUUCCAUGUUUGUGGCCAGGGGCGGGAACAGAGGAUACGCCUACUCGACAAUGCCGGGUUCCACUCAGAACCUGUCGCAGGCCUUCUCCGCCGAUAACCGGCUGUCGUUGGACGCUCUGCAGCUGGACGAUGUCGUGAAACUGGGAAACCCGUUCCCCGAGACGGACGACUUUGCCGACGACACAGCUCGCGUCACCGCUCUCAGGCUCUGGCUUCAAGAUCUCGAGGCCAUGAUGCCGUGCACCAACCGGGUAUAUCGGACCACAGAAGAUCUCAAGGAGGCCUUUUGUAGGACUCCGAUUACAGAUCGCGCGUUUGCUUACAACUGGGAGACGGAUAGAGCAUCGAGCGAAACCCUCUCGGCGUACCAUGCCCUUAGAUCUGGCGAGGUUCUCGAGGGUGUGGAGUAUGCCAACAUUGCCAGCAUCAAACUCCUCCGGAGACGCCCUUUCGUAUGCUCCAGCGGGCUUAUCGGUCUUGGGCCCAUAGGGAUGGCCUUUGGUGACUCUGUGUGGACUGUGCCGGGUGCCAAAGUACCCUUGGUGUUCCGUCCAGCUCGCACCAGUGGCUUCUUGGUUAUGGGUGAAGCCUACGUGCAUGGUAUCAUGGAUGGUGAACUUCGGCAUCUGUGUCCAACGGCCGAGCUUCAAACUGUAGAGCUUGUUUGA